UCAAGCAUCAAGAAGGACAAGAAGUUAACAAUACAGAGACAGACCUAAAAACAAUUUUGUGUUUGCAAGAAAUUAUAGUAAUUUAUUAACAAUAAAUAUAAUUUAAAGCUAAAUCCUGAGAACAUGUUUGUUUAUUUAAGUAAAAAGAUUGCAAUACCAAAUAAUGUCCAGUUGAAUAGUAUUUCAUGGAAUAAGGAGCAAGGUUACAUUGCUAUUGCUGGUUCUGAUGGCUUGUUAAAAGUCCUUAAGCUAGAACAAGCAACAGGAAACGGACAAAGCAAAGGAGGAUUGGCAGCUGUGAGCAACUUGUCCAUGAACCAAACACUUGAUGGCCACAAAGCUGAAGUUAAAGUUGUUACUUGGAACGACACACAGCAGAAACUUACAUCGUCCGAUGUAGAUGGAGUAAUUAUGGUAUGGAUGCUCUAUAAAGGUUCCUGGUAUGAGGAAAUGACAAAUGAUCGAAAAAAAUCCACUGUCAAUGGAAUGGCAUGGACCUCGGAUGGAACUAAAAUUUGUAUUGUGUAUGAAGAUGGUGCUAUUAUAGUUGGUUCUGUGGAUGGUAAUAGAAUAUGGGGAAAGGAAUUAAAAAACACACACUUAACUGGAGUUCAAUGGAGCCCUGAUAAUCGACUUUUACUUUUCAGUUUAGCAAAUGGCGAAUGUCACCUGUAUGAUAAUCAAGGCAAUUUUGCUAUGAAACUCAACAUUCAAUGCGUACCACUAAGUUCGAGCCGCAUCUAUAAAAUUGCUAACCUUUGUUGGUUUAGUGGCAAAGCUGCUCCCAAUCGUCCAAUCUUAGCUAUUUGUUAUGAAACAGGAAAAGUGCAGUUGAUGAAAAAUGAAAAUGAUGAUGCACCUGUUAAAUUUGAUACCGAAAUGAAAAACGUUGAUGCUCAAUGGAACCACGAUGGCACUGUUUUAGCUAUUUGUGGAAUUAAAGUCGACCCCAGUUCGAAGGAAGGCAAUCAAGUUUCGUUCUACUCACCACACGGACAAUUAUUUCGGACACUGAAAGUGCCAGGCAAUCAAAUAACAUCAAUGGCUUGGGAAGGUCAAUCGCUUCGUAUUGCAAUGGCAGUCGAUUCAUUUAUUUACUUUGCCAAUAUCCGACCCGAUUAUAUAUGGUGCUACUUUGAGAAGACUACAGUGUUUCUUAAUACAGUGCAUGAGUCCUUAAUGAAUGUGAUUACGUUUUGGAACACUAAUUCAAAUCAGCGCUUUUUAAAAGAAGUCGAACCGGUGAUGUGUAUGGCUGCUUGUAACGAGCACUGUGUCAUUGCAGUUGAGUGUUUGAAUACAAAUAUUCGAGACAUAACUUUAAUAGGAGCUGAGAAAAAAGCCGAGGAUAAAUGUUAUCAACUUCUGUUGUGUAACUCAAUAGGAACAACUGUUGACUCCAAGUAUACUGAUGUAAAACCAAACUACAUAGGAAUAAAUUCUACGUACGUGGUUAUUGCUUCAAAUGACGAAGUUCUUCUCUGGCACUAUCAUACUCCUAAGAGCUCAACCAACAUUCCAGGAGCAAAAGGCAGAAAAGAAAAACGAUUUCAUAUCGACGACACACCUAUUGGCGUUGAUACAAAGGAAUUAAAUAUAAAAUCAUCACAUGAGAACCAAGACCCGAUUUCUGCUGUAACUAUAUCAGAAAAGCUCCUCUUAGUUUCAAGAAAUUCUGGACUUAUCAUUGAAUAUAGUGUUCCAAAUGUUGCUCUUCGAACGCGACAUCAAACUAAGCAUCACGUUUAUAAAAUGGCCAUCAACUGUAAUUCAACCCGAGCAGCUCUGAUUGAUCAUGGUGGUGUUAUGACUCUAUUGGAUCUAGAUGACAGCAAAGAAGGUCAGCUGAAUUUUAGUCGGGUUGAGCGAAAAGAUGUAUGGGCAAUUUGCUGGGCUAAGGACAAUCCUCUGCUCCUGGCAUUAAUGGAGAAAACACGAAUGUAUGUUUUUCGAGGGAAUGAUCCGGAAGAGCCAAUUGCUUGCUCAGGCUACAUAUGUUGUUUUGAAGAUCUCGAAAUCACAAGUGUUUUGCUUGAUGACAUAAUAAGUGGUGGUGAAACUCAAAACCCCGUUAAUCACAUAAUUCAGCUUCGAGUAAAAUCCUUGCGAGAUACUGAUGAUUUACUUCAACAUGUAGGAAUAGAAGAUGCCAAGCAGUUCAUAGAAGAUAAUCCGCAUCCAAGACUUUGGCGAUUAUUAGCUGAAGCAGCUUUAAAAAAACUCGAUAUGGACACAGCAGAAAGUGCAUUCGUUCGAUGUGCAAAUUAUCCAGGUAUUCAGUUGAUAAAACGGCUUAGAAAUAUACCUUCCGAGACUCUUCAAAAGGCAGAAGUUACUGCUUUUUAUGGUGAAUUUGAAGAAGCAGAGAAACUAUAUAUGGAUGCCGAUAGAAGGGAUUUGUCUAUUGACUUACGCACAACAUUGUGCGAUUGGUUUAGAGUUGUGCAACUCUAUCGAAUGGGUCAAGGAAUAUCCGAUCAACAAAUGGAAACGGCUUGGAAAGAAAUUGGCAAUCAUUUUGCAAAUCUUCGUUCAUGGGAAAGUGCAAGAGAGUAUUAUGAAAAAGCUCAUCACAUUGAAGGUCUAAUGGAAUCACUCUACCAUUUAGAACAAUUCGACGAACUUAAGCUUUGUAUUGAUAAACUGCCAGACAAGAGUCCAUUGUUAUCUAAAAUUGCUGAAAUGAUGGCUUCCGUGGGAAUGUGUAAUGAAGCUGUUGUCGCAUACUUAAAACUAGGAGAUCACAAAGCAGCUGUAAAUACAUGUGUAAACCUUCGUCAGUGGGGUCAAGCAGUUGACCUAGCACAGAAAUAUAAAAUGCCACAAAUAGGUGUUCUUUUGUCAAAACACGCGGCACAACUAUUGCAAGAAGGACGAUUGCCUGAGGCCGUUGAAUUACAAAAGAAAGCUGGGAGAUACUUAGAUGCAGCCCAUCUUUUGACCAAACUAGCCGAACGGGAAGUCAAUAAGAAGGCAAAUUUGUUAAGAGUGAAGAAGUUGUAUGUUCUUGCGGGGCUCUUAGCUGAGGAACACAUGCGGACAUUGAGUACAAGGCAAAACAUUCGAUUUGACCGUACUAAUAUUUUGGCAGAGAUGUCAACAGAGGAUUCUAACUUAAUAAGGCGUAUUUGGCACAGCGCAGAAGCAUAUCAUUUUAUGCUACUGGCGCAGCGACAAUUGCGUUUUGGGAUUGUGCAUAGCGCGGUAAUAACAGCACUGAGAUUACGCGACUACGAAGAUGUGCUCAGCAUUGAAGAUAUUUUCAGUUUAUUGGCAUUAGCUAGUUGUGCAGACCGUUCUUUUGCUACUUGCUCAAUUGCAUUUAUCAAAUUGGAGUCCUUGGAUUUGGUGUCAGAAAAAUGUAAACAAGAAUACGAGGAACUUGCUGUUAGUAUCUUUUGUAAAAAUGAACCUAUUGAUCAUAAAAUGGACCUGGUGCAGUGUUACUCUUGUCAAACUCCUGUUGCCGAUUGUUUACCAUCCUGUUCGAAUUGUGGUGCCCACUUUCCAGCAUGCAUUUCUUCGGGUAAACCGAUUACUCAACCGUCUAAUGUAUGGAUGUGUGGAAGGUGCCAUCAUUGUGCGUCCCCAAUGGAAAUAACGAGGCACCGUACUUGCCCACUCUGUCACAAUUUAAAUGCUGCUAGUGGUUUUGAGCUUUAAAUUUAUAUUUUAUUUAUUAAAACUUAUGUAUUUAUUUUAAAAUCUUAAUUGAACUUGUAUUUGAAAAUAGACUGAAACAUUUUUAUAAUAGAAUUAAAAAUUCAACUAUCAAAUGCACCUAAGAAAUUACAUUUUAUUUUAAUUAAA